AUGGCACAACCUGACCUGACUUCGCAUCACGUCAACUACCUAAUAUGGCGCUACCUUCAAGAAUCAGGUCAUGGCGAUGCUGCCGUUUCACUGCAGCGCGCAUGGUACCCCGACCCUCAAACGCUGCCCUUUGCGCGCCACAUUAAAACCCAUGCGCUGGUGUCGCUGGUCCAGAAAGGUCUGCAGUACCACGAGCUCGAGUCCUCUAUUGACAAGGAGGGCAACCCAACUACAUUUACGUCUGCGAAUUACUUUUUCGGCCCGGAGCCAUUUGAAGUGAGCACAUUGAAAAGCCAUGAGGAAGCGAGCGCAGAGCAGGCACCGGCACCAGCGCCAGCACCAGCACCAGCACCAGCGCUAGCGCCAGCGCCAGCGCCAGAGCCAGAGCCAGAGCAGGCGCAUGACGACGUGACGAAUGGUCAUUUGGUGGAGGCCGGCAAGAAAACCCGCACGAGCGAGACUAAUGGCGACGAGGCGAUGGAGGUCGAUGAGGCUGAGAGCAAGCUAGCUAGCCCACAUCCACAUGCGGCCGAUGUGGACGGCGACGGAGAUGUGAGCAUGGGGGCCACGGAGCCCGAAGAGGUGCCUCAGGAACCCACACUCAACACGGGCAGCAGUGUGGGUAUCCAGAUCUCCCCCGCCAAGGCUGCCGAUUUGACCCCCGACACCGCCUUACUCGACGAAGAUCACGUGCUAUCUGCUAACUGGCGCCCGCGGGAUCCCUCGCUACUCCUGGCCGCUGGAGACACCUUCUGUAGCAUCUGGAAGCUAUCUUCAACAUCUGCACCUGCUCAGAAUAAGUUUUUGAAUCUCAAGGGCACGGGUGCAUAUGUAUCCUCGGUGGCGUGGGAUGGCAUCGGUGCGAAAUUGGCCGUGGCCUCUUUCCGAGACAUGAAGGGAAACGUGACCAUGUACAAUGCUGAUGGUAAUGUGGUUGAUUUGUUACCAGAUCUCCCUCGUGUGAUCAGUGGGUUACAUUGGGCGGAGGAAAGCCCGCAAUUGGUGAUUGUGGCAUCUGAUGAGCGCACCUCCGAACUAGCUCUGUGGGAUGACGGCCGACGACCCGACGUCUACCCGCCGCCCCAGGUGAUCGACAAUCAGAUCUACGAUCUGGCAUGGUGUGGACGCAAUCAGGUCUUUGCGUGUGGAAAUGGGGCCGUCUACGAAUGUGAAGUAGACAGCAACAUCCGACUAGCCAAGACACAUACCUCGCAACAGGCUGAUACGGAGUGGACUUUUAUCCGCUGUGCCCAUACCGCCAGCUAUUCCGUAGCAGUUACGGCAAGCGCUACGAAAGCAUUAAUCUGGAUUCCUACCCAUGACAUCCUGAUCGAAAACGCCCACCAAGACGCCAUCACUGCCGUCGACAUUCAGCCCCAGUCGGCAUUGCAAACGAAACAAGGGAACAACUCCAUCACCAUUGCUUCAUACUCUGCCGAUAGUACAGUCGGAGUGUGGCAGGUGGACCUGGACUCGAAACAAUACAAAUGCGUCCAUCGCUUGCGCCUCGGCGCCUCUGUACCAGCCCUUACCGGUAGCUUCUCUCCAGAUGGAUAUGCGCUUGGGGCUGUCAGUAAAGAUCAGGUCUUUAUCUGGAACGUCGAGCGUGGGGGGGAUCCGAUGGCCACCUGGAAAGCCCCCAGCACGGCAGAGGUCAAGGAGGACCCUGACCGUGUAACGAAUGGACAGAACGGUCAUGGGCCAGCAAACCCAGACCGUGCUUUAUCAUGGGAUCCCGAUGGGAAAAAACUCGCUUGCGGCUUAGGAAACCAGAUGGCUAUCGUGAAUCUUCAACGGUGA